ACUGAAUAUGCCUGGAGCCCAGCUUCAGACAUUGUAGAUAUUUUGGUUUCUGAUUUACCAAAACAUCCUGGAUUCUGGAAAAGUCUGAGUUCAGUAGAAAUUAGCAGUUGUAACACUGCUAUGUAAGAAAGAAGGAGGAGCAAAAAUAAGGAAUAAAGCCAGUUAACAUGAUUUCAAUCAGUUGGGAAAGUGCUUAAUAAUGUCUCUUCAUUACGUAUGUUUUAGCAAUGCUUUUAAAACAAAAAUCGUAUCAUCUGAUUAAAUCAACGUGGUCAAUCCAGAAGAAGACUUUCCAUGAUGGAGACAGGGCAGUUGCAGGUAAGUUCAAGGUCACCCUGGGGCCAGGCAUGUUUGACAAUUUCAUUCCUUCUUGAUAGUCAAACAAGUGAGGUCGCAAAGAGGAAACCAACAGCUGCAUAACACCUGGAUUCCCAAGAGGCAUUUUGUAGGGUGUCACACUGGUGGCUAAUAGAUAAGAGAAGGGCUCUGGAACUGAAGGUAAUGUAUGAGCAUGAAUAGAGAGUUGGUGAACAUGCAGGACAUAACAGUAAGUGUUGUUGUGACUGUGAUGAGAGGAGUGCAAAGGAUUCGAAGGUCAAUGUAAAGGUUGAAUUAACCUCCAGGAUGUUUUUAAUGGACUUUCAGGACAGAUGAGACCAUCCUUCCUCUUGACAGCUGACCAGCCAGUCUGGCCACCAAAUAAAUUAAUAGACGUAUUGGUCACAUGUGGGCAGGCCUCCUGGUGCCUUCACCUCCAUGGGCAAUAUACCAGGAAGACUGUUAAGGGAAGAUGGCGGAGAUGGGAAACUGCAUCCAUGACAUGAUGCCCACGUUUACAAACAAGCCCUCCCCACAUGACAACCGCGUACACAGAGAUGAAGUGGAAAACAGCAGUGUAAUUAGAACUAACACUAAUUGAAGCGGAGGGAAAGGAGCAAUACAUUCGUGGUAUCACUCUUGGUUGUGAGAAGAGUUUUGAGGUAAUUUGAAUUCAAUAUAUACUGGACACUAUUUGUAAAGAAAUUGGAUUUUAGUACGAAUUUCAAAGACGGGAAAACUGGAAAAAUGAUGUGAAUGUGGGGUAACCCGAUUGAAUUGAUGCGUGUAUGUUGUGGGUCACAAUGGUUCCAGUACUUGCCAAAACCAAAAUUAUAUUGGCCACAUUUUUGUGUCCACUCUUUGAUGGAGCAAAAUGUUUCUUCUGGUCUUUGCUGAAGGUGAUAUUAGCAGGGAAAAUGUUCAUCUCGGAUGACCACAAGAUCCCAUUAUCACAACAAUUUGCAAAAAAAACAAGAAUGGAAUUCUCCCGUAUAAAUCAUCUACUAUUUAUCCCUCAGUGAAUGUUGUUUCAAUGGAGAAACUAGUCAUUACCAAUUGUUAUUCAUGAAAACGUGCUUUCUGCACAUUAACCAGUGCCUUUCCUACAUUACAGCAGCCAAAAAAUAGUAUUUGGAUGAAAAAGGCCCUUUGGGAAAUCAUUCCAAAUGUUCAAGGAGUUGAAUUAGAGCAAAGCUUCGUUGAGUUUCAUUUUGAACUGAAGUAUCUGAAGGGUGAUGUCCUGGCUGCUCAGUUGACAAGUUAAAAUGUUAAAUUGUUGAAGGAAGACCAAGUAGACAGUGAAGAGGCAAAUGAAUAUUUGACAUAUAUAAUGAGGCUGAAGUCAGCAGUUGAUAUUUUUUGGUCUAGUAUUUAAGUGUGAUCGUACUCUUUCUCUUUUCAUGUUGAAUUUGGCUUUUACUUUUAUGGUGUUUUCAUUUGUCUUUUAGGUUUGACGAUACUUCACCUUUCUCAUUCCUCAGACUCCAACCCACUUUGAUUCUGAAAGAUUUGACUGUUAUUUCCGGUCAGUCAGCUUGCCGAAGCAGUCAGAUUUCCGUCAUACUACUCUGAAUAAAAAUGGCAUCAGGAGAUGAGCUUCCAUCACAUCUCGCUGUCGAUACCUCCAACGUUCAAAUUCUUAACUCUGAGACCUCAAAAAGACUCGUCGAAAAUUUUGUAAUCGCUCUCAUGAACAAGGAGCGUUUCUACAUCCGCACAUUCUUUUCGACAUACAAAGCAUAUACCACUGCUGAAAGUGUGUUGUACAUCCUCCUGGACAAAUAUGGGAGCUUUGACACCUCAGAGGCAGAAGAGAUUCCAGUAAUCGAUUCAGUGAGCACAAACAGCGGAAACAAUGCUAACAUUCCGAGCUGUGAGGAGCUUGAAAAUCCAAUUCCUCCAGAGACAGUAGCUGAGAUCAGAAAGUAAGUAUUGAUCCAAUGUAUGAGGAAAUGAUGCUUUCAUCAGAAUACAACUAUGUGAAGGGCAACCUCUGGAGGCCGCCAUUUUCAGGAACAUGAUUUAGAGACUUUCUCCUGAAACUUAGCAGCAUCUGUGGUGAGAAAGCAGAGUGGGCAUUUUGAGUUGAGGUUCCCAUGUUCAGAACUUCGCAUCUCUGAAGACGUGUCGCUUGGCUCAACUUGAACUCUGUUUUCUGUCUGUAGAUGCUGCAAAACCUGUAGAGUUUCUCCAGCAAUGU